AUGACAUCAGAAGCCUUCUCAUCGCAUCAGGGCAGCUGGCUCAGGAAAUUGUCCAGACUGUUGUGUAUGCUAGUGGUAGGGACCCUUCCGGGUUUGCGGGCCCAACAGGGCACCCAGCCUCAGUCUCUCAAAAUUGAGGGUGACAUCACCCUGGGGGGUCUGUUCCCAGUGCACUCCCGAGGCCCAGUGGGAGUGCCCUGUGGAGACAUUAAGAGGGAAAAGGGAAUCCAUCGAUUGGAAGCCAUGCUGUAUGCCCUGGACCAGAUCAACAGCGAUCCGGAUUUGCUGCCCAACAUCACGUUGGGAGCCCGUAUACUGGAUACUUGCUCAAGAGAUACUUACGCACUGGAGCAAUCGCUCACUUUUGUCCAAGCCCUCAUUCAAAAGGACACAUCCGACGUGCGCUGUUCCAAUGGAGAGCCUCCAAUCAUCCCCAAACCUGAGAGGGUGGUGGGUGUAAUUGGGGCGUCUGGCAGCUCGGUAUCCAUCAUGGUGGCCAACGUGCUUCGGCUGUUUUCGAUCCCCCAAAUCAGCUACGCCUCCACUGCGCCGGAGCUGAGCGACAAUAGCCGAUACGAGUUCUUCUCCCGAGUGGUACCUCCUGAUUCUUACCAGGCACAGGCCAUGGUGGACAUCGUGAAAGCCAUGGGCUGGAACUACGUCUCAACACUGGCGUCAGAGGGCAACUACGGCGAGAGUGGAGUCGAUGCUUUCCUCCAGAUAUCCAGAGAAGCAGGUUGGGGGCUGUGUAUUGCACAGUCCAUAAAAAUUCCAAGAGAGCCCAGACCUGGGGAGUUUGAAAAGAUCAUCAAGAGACUAAUGGAGACAUCGAACGCUCGUGGGGUCAUCAUCUUUGCCAAUGAGGAUGACAUCAAGCGAGUCUUGCAAGCUGCCAAAACAGCCAAUCUGACCGGCCACUUUCUAUUUGUUGGCUCGGACAGCUGGGGGGCCAAGAAUUCCCCCAUCCAAGACCAGGAGGAAGUGGCGGAGGGUGCCGUCACAAUCCUGCCAAAAAGAGCCUCCAUUGACGGAUUCGACCAGUACUUCACGUCAAGAUCGCUGGAAAACAAUAGAAGAAACAUUUGGUUUGCUGAAUUUUGGGAGGAUGACUUCAAGUGCAAACUAACACGGCCCGGCAUUAAAUAUGAAGCAGACCGAAGGAAAUGUACAGGUGAAGAAAGAAUAAGUCGAGACUCUCAGUAUGAACAGGAGGGGAAGGUGCAGUUUGUGAUGGAUGCAGUCUAUGCAAUGGCUCACGCCUUACACAGCAUGCACAUGGACCUGUGUCCUGGCUCUAUGGGCGUUUGCGACAAGAUGGAUCCAGUGGAGGGACGCAUGCUACUCCAAUACAUUCGCUCUGUCAAUUUUAAUGGAAGUGCAGGAACAGGUGUGAUGUUCAAUGAGAAUGGAGAUGCACCUGGUCGAUAUGACAUCUUCCAGUACCAACUUUCCAAUGUCAGUAACCCUGGCUAUAAGGUCAUUGGCCAAUGGACAAACCACCUCCGACUCAAUCCAGAGGAGAUGCAGUGGUCAGGCGGGGACCGUAAAAUCCCGGAUUCUGUAUGCAGCUUCCCAUGUGAGCCUGGUGAGAGGAAAAAGAUGGUGAAGGGUGUUCCCUGCUGCUGGCACUGUGAGCUUUGUGAUGGCUACCAGUAUCUUCUGGACGAGUUCAGCUGUGACAUGUGCCCCUUCGACAUGAGGCCCCUGAAAAACCGUACAGGGUGCCGACCCACACCGAUCAUUAAGUUAGAGUGGAGCUCUCCUUGGGCCAUAAUCCCCGUCUUCCUGGCAAUUCUGGGCAUCCUGGCCACCACGGGGGUUAUCGCCACAUUCAUCCGUUUUAAUGACACCCCUAUUGUUCGUGCCUCCGGCAGAGAGCUCAGCUAUGUCCUACUGACGGGCAUCUUCCUCAUUUACCUCAUUACAUUCCUCAUGAUUGCGGAGCCCAGUGUGGCAGUGUGCGCUUUCCGGAGGCUGCUUCUGGGGCUUGGAAUGUGUAUCAGUUACGCUGCCAUGCUGACAAAAACCAACCGGAUCUACCGCAUCUUUGAACAGGGCAAGAAGUCCGUCACACCACCAAAGUUCAUCAGUCCCACUUCUCAACUUAUCAUCACCUUCAUUCUUAUCUGCGUGCAGGUACUUGGUGUGUUCAUUUGGUUUGGUGUGGUGCCCCCUCACACCAUCAUAGACUAUGAAGAACAGAAGCCUCCAAAUCCCGAAUUUGCCCGAGGAGUUCUCAAGUGUGACAUGUCCGAUCUGUCGCUCAUCCUGUGCCUGAGCUACAGUAUUCUUCUGAUGAUCACCUGCACAGUGUAUGCCAUCAAGAGCAGAGGAGUUCCUGAGACUUUCAAUGAGGCCAAGCCCAUUGGCUUCACCAUGUACACCACCUGUAUUAUCUGGCUGGCUUUUGUACCCAUCUUCUUUGGCACUGCACAAUCUACAGAGAAGAUGUUCAUCCAGACUACAACCCUGACGGUGUCCAUGAGCCUGAGUGCCACAGUGUCCCUGGGCAUGCUCUACAUCCCCAAAGUCUACGUGAUCAUCUUCCACCCAGAGCAGAACGUACAGAAGCGAAAGCGUAGCUUCAAAGCAGUGGUGCAGGCAGCCACUGUGUCCACACACCUAUCACAGAAAUCUAAUGACAAACAGAACGGAGAGUCAAAGAUUGAGCCAGACAGGUCACAGUAAAAGAGACUUAAAUGAGAGACUCUAUCCAUCACAUCACAAGCGCACUUACAGACAUUAUCAGUCAAACAGAAGACAAAAAAGCAUUUACGGUAUCGAGGGCAAUAUUCUCCCCCAGCCCUCCAUAUUCAGAAAUGACACCAGAAAUGUCCCUGGGUUUCUUUAUUCUCCAUGACUAAAUAACUCCGGACUAAUGUGCUCUGAAGAGCUCACCUUGAGGAAACUGAAAUGGUUGAAAAUGAACAGCUUUUCUUGAAGAUAAGUUAACUGUUAACUAUCACAGCAAGGAUUUUUUUCUUUGUACAAUGCUCACAAGAUG